UUAUUCUACGAGAGACUGCCGGAGAAGCGUGGGGAUGGGGAGCCCCAGCACAGCGCAGAGGCGCACUGGGGGGGCCUUCCUCCGUGCGGCCGCUCCGCGGAGCCCGGAACUACGCUUCCCAGCCUGCUCCGCUGCGCCCGCGCGCUGGUGCACCGCACCCUGGUCCCGAGCCGCCUGUAGAUCACUGCGCCCGCCCCAGCACGGCGCAGCCCCUGCUCGUCUGGCCCUGCUGCCUUGGGGCUGAAGGACUGACGGCCCCCACAGCCGGCCCGGAGAUGUGCACACGGACGGUAUUCUGAAGUCUCAAGAAGCUGGCCCAUUUAAAUGUUCACGGCCCAUGAGAAAGACGUCUAAGAAGCCAUGGCACUCCCUUUUCAAAAAGAGUUGGAGAAAUACAAGAACAUUGAUGAAGACGAGCUUCUUGGCAAACUCUCAGAAGAGGAACUGAAGCAGUUGGAAAAUGUUCUUGAUGACCUAGAUCCUGAGAGUGCACUGCUGCCAGCUGGAUUCCGGCAGAAAGACCAGACACAGAAAACAGCCACCGGCCCCUUUGACCGCGAGCACCUUCUCAUGUACCUGGAGAAGGAGGCUUUGAAACAGAAAGACAGGGAAGACUUUGUGCCCUUCACCGGGGAAAAGAAAGGGAGAGUCUUUAUCCCCAAAGAAAAGCCUGUAGAAACUCACAAAGAAGAAGAAGUGACUCUCGACCCAGAACUGGAAGAAGCUUUGGCUAGUGCCUCUGACACUGAACUCUACGACCUUGCAGCUGUUCUUGGAGUACACAAUUUGCUCAACAAUCCAAAGUUCGAUGAAGAAACGGCUGGCACUAAAAGUGGCAAAGGGCCUGUAAGAAAUGUGGUCAAAGGUGAAAAGGUCAAGCCAAUAUUUGAGGAACCACCCAAUCCCACAAAUGUGGAAGUAAGUCUGCAGCAGAUGAAAGCCAAUGAUCCUAACCUACAAGAAGUCAACCUCAACAACAUUAAGAACAUUCCAGUACCAACCCUGAAGGAAUUUGCAAAAGUUCUGGAGACCAACACUCACGUAGAGAAGUUCAGCCUGGCCGCAACCCGCAGCAACGACCCUGUGGCAAUUGCUUUUGCAGAUAUGCUGAAAGUAAACAAGACCUUGAAAAGUCUCAACAUAGAAUCCAAUUUUAUCACUGGCACUGGGAUUCUGGCCCUGGUGGAGGCACUGAGAGAAAACGACACCCUGACUGAGAUCAAGAUUGAUAACCAGAGACAGCAGUUGGGAACGGCCGUAGAAAUGGAAAUUGCCCAGAUGCUCGAGGAGAAUUCAAGGAUCCUCAAGUUUGGAUACCAGUUUACCAAGCAAGGACCUCGAACGAGGGUGGCAGCUGCCAUCACAAAGAAUAAUGACCUGGUCCGUAAGAAGCGAGUUGAAGGAGACCGGAGGUAAACUUCCACAAGAAGAGGCGAAGUUUCCCCACGGCAGCUGUGGCGUGGCCAUUUAGAGAAAAACAAAACCUUCUCCUUCCCCGUCGAGACCAUUUCAUUAAAGGUUGUUCAUUUCCGUUAACCACACAGCUAAUAAUUUAAUUGUUUUUCUUUUUCAGCACUACUGUUUAUCUUGGAUUUUUAAUAUAUACCAUUGUUUUAUUUGAUUGUGGGUAACUCUGACAGCUUGCAUAAGUGGGCUCAUACAGAGUUUAGUGAGUGAUGGCAAUUGGAAAUGAUCUUAACCACUUUCAUAUCAGGUUGUCUUGUUUUAUUACAUGAACUCUUUUAAUCACUGAAAACUUAGUAUAUAAAAUGUAUUUUUAACUGUGAUUACGAUAGCAGCCUGUCUCUGUUUACACGUAUACAUUUGAGUUAGGCUAGAGACGUCAGAAGUACCACGUGUGAAGUUAGUAUUGCCAGUCUUUCACUGGGUGAGAAAAUGUGACCAACUUCCACAGAUUCUCACUUAGUUCCAGAAAAAUCACUAAAUGCACAUACCUCACUAACUGAAGAUCAGUGGUGUUAUCUUCAUAAAAGCAAGACAGCAUUAGGAUACUUUAACACAGCAUUAGUAAAUAAGUAUACAGUAUGUAUUAACCCACCAAUAUGGCUUCAAGCCAGACUCACAGGUAGCAAAAUGAAUUAACACAUCUACCUUUACUGACUAUUCAACAUAAAUUGAAUCUUUAAUGUGACUCUAAGGAAUAACUAUUUACAGUGCUGUUUUAAAGGUUUCUAGACAGGAUAGAAAAAUGUUUAAAGUUUAAUAAGAGGGAGUCUUUAGAAAUGGGACAUUCUUAAAUAAAACAAUAGUAAUUGCACCUUCAUCAGGGUUGUCUGACGCAUGUGAUUGCAUUACUUUGGAAAAUUUUACAACCAUUUGUUGCUUUAUGCAGGUGUUUUGUCUUUAUGGUAUGAUCCAUCUAGACGUUAGCAAAUCACUUAUUCAGAUGUUUAUCAUCUCAAGAACAAA